UCUGCAACAGAUUGGCCUGACCUGCUGUAAAGCAGUUGGUCAACAUGGCUGCGUCCUGUGCUGUUGGUUUUGGUGUUUCCUUGGCGAGAGGUUUCGUGAGAUACGCAGAGGCAAGCCGGCUGCUUGCACAAUGCAGCGUCUUGCCUCAAUCCUGCAUCCAUACAACCGUCGCUCUGGAAGGCAAUAAAAACUGGGAGCGAAAAAACCGCAUCCUGCACCGGCCACAGCUUCCUGAGGAAACACGCAGAGCAGCCGAAGUAUACCACUGUCGAAGACAAAUUAAAUACAGCAAGGACAAGAUGUGGUAUUUGGCAAAAAUGAUCAGAGGCAUGACUAUUGAGCAGGCCAUUGCACAGCUGGAGUUCAAUGACAAGAAGGGGGCGGCAAUAAUAAAAGAGGUUCUUCUGGAAGCCCAGGAGAUGGCAGUUAAAAGCCACAAUGUGGAAUACAAGUCAAAUCUGUACGUUGCCGAGUCCUUCUCUGGUAAGGGUCAGUAUCUGAAGCGAAUCCGAAUCCAUGGCAGAGGCAUGUUCGGCAUCAUGGACAAGGUGUACUGCCAUUACUUUGUGAAGCUGGUGGAGGGCGUGCCUCCCACAGAGAAGCCGAGGACUGGCUUUGAUCAGGCCAAGGAGUAUGUGCAACAGCUUCGCAAUCGAACCAUCAUCCACUCUCUGUAGCACAGAAACACAUGGCAUCCUCCAGCAAGCCAUCACACCGUAUCCUCCAGCAAGCCAUCACACAUCAUCCUCCAGCAAGCCAUCACACAUCAUCCUCCAGCAAGCCAUCACACAUGGCAUCCUGAGGAAGCCAUCACACCUCAUCCUCCAGCAAGCCAUUACACAUGGCAUCCUGAGGAAGCCAUCACACCUCAUCCUCCAGCAAGCCAUCACACCUCAUCCUCCAGCAAGCCUUCACACCUCAUCCUCCAGCAAGCCAUCACACCUCAUCCUCCAGCAAGCCUUCACACCUCAUCCUCCAGCAAGCCUUCACACCUCAUCCUCCAGCAAGCCAUCACACCUCAUCCUCAGCAAGCCAUCACACCUCAUCCUCCAGCAAGCCAUCACACCUCAUCCUCCAGCAAGCCUUCACACCUCAUCCUCCAGCAAGCCAUCACACCUCAUCCUCCAGCAAGCCUUCACACCUCAUCCUCCAGCAAGCCAUCACACCUCAUCCUCCAGCAAGCCAUCACACCUCAUCCUCCAGCAAGCCAUCACACCUCAUCCUCCAGCAAGCCAUCACACCUCAUCCUCCAGCAAGCCAUCACACCUCAUCCUCCAGCAAGCCAUCACACCUCAUCCUCCAGCAAGCCAUCACACCUCAUCCUCCAGCAAGCCAUCACACCUCAUCCUCCAGCAAGC